UCUUUGAGGAAAAAUCUAAGGUUCCACAAUCAACCCCAGAAGCUACCCUCGCUGCCCAGCUAGCUGCCCUGGAAGCCAGCCUGGAAGCUGCCCCACAUCCUUUACACGCGUGUAAAAAACGUGGGGAUCCCCACUCUACUCCUUCAACCCCAUAACACAGCCAUCAUGGCAAUCACCUGCAUACACAUCAUCUCUAGCGGGCACGCAAAAGGCACAGCAUGUCAUCACACCAGGCGCUCCAGGGGCACCUGUGGUGUGGCAUCUUUACUGGAGCAACCACACCACGGCGGAAGAGGAGGAAGGUUACUCCAGUUACCCCGCGGUUGCCCAUACGUCUGCCGACCGCUGUGCAGACACCAUUGCAAUCACCCCCGCGAUUUGAGUUCCCACCGUCUGUCCAUCGCCACUUGCCCGAAGCAAUUGCAGACAUGGUCAGCGAGAAUUCCGGCGAUGACGACGGGCAGCACCAGCAGCGAGGGCUUUCACCUGUGGAAAGGGGUCUGCAAGGUCCGUUGAACCUCCCCGCUCCUAUCCCUUUCCCUUUUCCCAGCACACCGGGUGGAUCCCUGGUGCUUGAACCCCCGCCUCCACCACCAAUUCAACGACCCCGCCCGCAGACGCAUGCCAGCACGAAGGUUUCCCUUCACCGAGUCCGUAAUCACAAUCAAGUGCAAAGGGAGCCCCUGACAACCUUCCUCGGCAAUGUUCACGUCCUUGUGCGCCACACCACGUUCUUUCUCAAGUACUACCUUGCUGAUCAUCCUCUACACGAUUUCCCGGACAUCACCGACAAGCACAUCAGUGUGAUGUUUGAGCUGCUCAACAAUCCAGGCUACAACGGCAAUCCGGUCAUCGCGCAAGAGUUGCGUCCACGGGUUCAAGAGUACUGUAAUGUUCACGGAUUUGCCCCCAUCCGCAUGCGAAAUAGCCAACAGACCGCAGCGUACACCGCUCAGAGCAUCUUCACCAACCUCAAAGUCAACGUAUAGGAGCAUUUUAUGCAAAUGUUUCUGCGCUAUGUCAAUGAACGGCUUGGUUUGAAGCAAGUUGUACUGCAUCUCCGGAGAGCGCAGCGGCAACACUAUUAUCGUUGUGUCCGCCAAUUCACAAAGUACGCGACAUUUGAAGAGUACCCAACGGAAGAGGAGCUUGCCGGCCUCACACGACUUGAGCGGACUCUCCUCGACGAGUUAUGGGCUCUGUUUCCUCCCCAGGAUGAGCCGCUUGCGUACAGCCUUGCGGUGGACGCAAUGCCAUAUUUAGGUGCCUAUUGUGAGCUCUCACGCCUCUAUGAGCGCCGUGGAAUGCAGCUGUUUUCCGCUAUCCCGCUGCGCAAAUCUCGAAUCCAGUCAUCUGUUCGGAUCGACACGCUGAUCCUAGGCACUCAUAUCCUGGAU